AUGUCCGACUUGCGUCAAGCGCUGCUCAAGGACCGCAUAGCUCGCCUGCCGCACUUGCCAGCAAUCUCACCAAGCGCAGCUGCUGGCACCUCUUCCAGUGGUGCGGAUCCAACACAGCCCGGUCUGGGUGCUCUGCGCGAGGAGGUCGGCGCAUCACGCACCGCCAGCGUUUCGACGGGUAUGCCGCCACCUCCCUCACAGUCCCUGCUCGGAUCAAGCUUUCAGCCAGCUGCAUCGGACAAGAGUGAUGCUUCCAGCAUGCCGUCUCGCGGCAAGAUGAGAAAGGCGAUGAGCCAAGUGGACUACUCUCCACUCUCCGCAAAGGGCUGCUUCGAACAGGCGUUGGAAAUCGAGUUGGAUGUGCCUGCUCAUGCGGACAAGCUGACAGGCAUCUCGAGCGGGGAUGUGGCAAAAGCAUCUUUUCGAGUAUAUUACACGCCUCCGAUCGUCGAGCAGGAAGGGCACGAGACGAAGCAGACAGCCUCGAGGAAGGUUCAGGGCAGCGCUGCUUCGAAAGCUCAGACGAGCUUCAUGGAUGCGAAUCUCGACGACUUGCAACCGAUCGUGGCGGGCGACGAGAACGAGGACGUGCCAGGCUCAUCGUCAGCUGCAGGUUGCCCGCAGGUCAAGGACAAUGGCACAGUGUUUGUGUUGAUCCACGGCGCAGGCUACUCUGCCCUGUCCUUUGCUCUCGUCGCCAAGGCCAUCAAGCGUCUCACGCAGGGCAAAGCAGGCGUCUUGGCCGUGGAUUGUCGAGGUCACGGUCGAACCAGCAUGGAUUUCGACGCGUCACCUGCACACAGCAUGCCGACUAGCGGCCACACGCUCGACAUGUCCUUGAAUACGAUCGCACUUGAUCUCGCGAGAGUGAUCGGCUCCCUCUUCCAGACACCCGAGGGCACCCCAGGUCUCGUCCUGGUUGGUCACUCCAUGGGAGGUAGCGUGGCCGUAGAGGUAGCUUCUCUUCUCACGCGAACAACACCACCACACCCUACUGAUGACUCGUCCGCAUCAACAUCUUACGUCCUGCCUGCAAGCAAGAUUCAAGGGGUAGCAGUGCUAGACGUGGUAGAAGGCACAGCCGUCGCUGCUCUGGACUCUAUGAAGCACAUCAUCCUCUCCUAUCCAAGCGGAUUCGAUUCGGUGGAGGACGCGAUCAGAUGGCACGUGGAGAGUGGAACGGUCAUCAACCCAGACAGCGCAAGACGAAGCGUACCCAGCUUGUUGAAGAAGAACGAUGGCGUUGCCGACAGCGCAGUGCCGAGUCAGAUGACUGGCAUUGCGGAGGAUGACGAGGAAGGACAAGAAGAAGCCGUCGAAGAGCUGUCCGAGUCGGUCAGGCCUGAGCUGCAGCCGGAUGGCACUUCGCUUGCGCAGGAGACCACCUUGCCCAGCUCCAAGACCUCGAGACGCAAGACACGACCGCCCGCUUGGGUCUGGGUGCACGACCUGUUGGCCACGUCACCCUUCUGGUCAGGCUGGUUUACGGGACUCUCAUCCAAAUUUCUGUCGGUCAGAGCUCCUCGGCUACUGCUACUGGCUGGGACGGACAGGCUGGACAAGGAGUUGAUGAUUGGUCAGAUGCAAGGCAAGUAUCAACUAGCCGUGUUCCCUGAAGUGGGUCACAGUCUACAAGAGGACGCACCAGAAAGGACUGCUCAGACUCUGGUUGAAUUUUGGAAAAAGUCCAACGCACCCCCUCCCAUUUCCAGCUUGUCCAAAUUCAAACCUGGCAUCCUGCCCGGCGCUGCGCCCGCGACCUUUGUUCCUCCGCCGCCCUUUGGGCGUGCCAGCGCUUCUGCAGGCCAAGUUGGCCCCUCUGCGAAGACAUUUGGACCUGCGCAGCGGUGA